AUGAAUCAUUCACGGGGUCUCGCCUCGUGCGCCCAAGUUCUUCGCCAGGUUUUCAUCACACCUGGCUCAGAGAAUACCGACCGCCAGUUGUUCAAGCCCCCAAAAAAUGAAGCUAUCGGUGCUCCAUUCAUCCACAUUGUGAAUGAACAAGGACAACUAGGUGAUCCAGUCACCUUGUUGGAUGCUUUGGACCUCUUUGACAGGAAAGAGUCCUUCCUCGUGCAGGUACGGGGACCAUCUGAGGGCGAAAUUCCGAUUUGUAAAAUCUACAACCAGAAGGAGUAUCGACAACACCAAAAAGCAUUGGAAAAGGCAGCUCGUUCAAACAAGACCGGGAUCAAGAAGAUCGAAUUGAACUGGGCUGUCGAUUCCAAUGACCUCUCGCACCGCAUGAAACAGCUACAGAAGUUCCUGGAAAAGGAUUUUAGGGUGGAGAUCCUCUUGACCACCAAAAGAAAGAAGCGCAGCCCCACCGUGGCAGAGAUUAAGCAUGUUGCACAGACCGUGUUUGAUACAAUCAAGGCGGCGGGAGCUCGCCAAGUUAGUGAGCCAGAGGGAGAACUGGGCAAGCAAUUCAGGAUUGCUGCGAAGAGACCAAAGCAGCAGCAGCAGGGCGGAGGGGAGAACAAGACUGCAGACCAGGCAGAGAACGAUGAUGACGAAUCGUCUGGCGAUAAAAACAUCGAGGACAAGAAAUAA